AUAUCCGAACCAAAUUCCCUCCUCCUCUUCCCUUCCCUCGUUUUCCACCUCUCUCCCUCUCUCUCUCUCUCUCCCGCUUUUUUUAUUUUCCUUUCCUUUCCAUCCAAGCACCCCCAGAUCUCUCCCUCAAUUCCAUUUCCCUCUCCUUUCAAUUCCCUUUCUUACUUCAAUUCCCUAAAAACCCUCCAAAAAAGAUAUAAUUUUUAGUUUUUUCUUACUUUAAAAUUCUUGCGAUGUCGAAUUCUCAAGCACAAAACAACCAAUCAAUGAAGCAGCCGCAGCAAAGCAGUAUGCAGAGUCACGCACCGAAUCAGCGCCAGCAUCAGCAACCGCUUUCGUUUUCUUCAAUGAAGCCACCGUUUUUGCCUCCGGGUGACUACCACCGGUUCGGUGACGACCGACGACGUGCCGUUUCUGAUCAUGAAGUUGAGGGCAUUGUUGUGAAACCUCCUACAUUAAAGCGGAAGAGUGAUGCAGCAGAUCAUCAAGGUGAGUCCAGUGACUGGAAUGCUGGUCAUGGAUAUAUGGAAGUAGUGACCAGCCCCCUGCAGACACCUGUAUCAGGAAAAGGGGGAAAGACACCCAAAACAUCAAGACUCUCAAAGAGCAGUAAAUCUGGAUCUCAGAGUGCUGCUGCUGCUCUUGGUUCUCCUGGAAAUAAUCUUACUCCAUCUGGUCCAUGUCGCUAUGACAGCUCUCUAGGUCUCUUGACUAAAAAAUUCAUCAAUUUGAUCAAACAUGCUGAAGAUGGCAUCCUUGAUCUCAAUAAAGCUGCUGAGACUUUAGAGGUUCAAAAAAGGCGGAUAUAUGACAUAACAAAUGUUCUAGAAGGAAUUGGUCUUAUAGAAAAGAAGCUCAAAAAUAGAAUUCAGUGGAAGGGACUUGAUGUAUCGAGGCCAGGGGAGGCGGAUGAUAAUAACGUUGCCACUUUGCAGGCAGAAGUUGAAAACCUGACCAUGGAGGAACGCAGAUUAGAUGAACAAACAAGAGAAAUGCAAGAAAGAUUGAGGGACCUCAGUGAAGAUGAAAAUAAUCAAAAGUGGCUUUUUGUCACUGAGGAAGACAUCAAGAGCUUACCUGGCUUCCAGAAUGAAACCUUGAUAGCAAUUAAAGCUCCACAUGGUACCACUCUAGAAGUCCCAGAUCCCGAUGAGCAGGCAGUUGAUUAUCCUCAGAGGAGAUACAGGAUAGUCCUUAGGAGUACAAUGGGCCCAAUAGAUGUUUAUCUUGUCAGUCAAUUUGAAGAGAAAAUUGAGGAUAUUCAAGGUGUUGAGCCACCUCCAAGCUAUCCAUCAACCUCAGGCUUCAAUGAAAAUCCAGCUACUACAAUGACCAUGGAGGAGAGCAGAGGAAAGGAGGUUGAAAUGCAGGAACAAGAUGGUCAUAGAAUGUGCUCAGAACUUAACACCGCACAUGACUUUGUGAGUGGGAUCAUGAAGAUUGUUCCCUCAGAUGUUGAUAGUGAUGCAGAUUACUGGCUUUUAUCAGAUCCUGGUGUUAGCAUUACAGACAUGUGGCGUAACGAACCUGUGGUUGAAUGGAAUGACUUGGACACACUUCAUAAUGAUUAUGUCAUGCCAAAUGUCUGCACACCACAGCCCCAAACUCCACCAUCUAAUCCAACAGAAGUGCCUCCCGGUACUAACACGACUGCUGGAUGAAAGGGAAAUGUUGGCGAAUCAAGUCAAAGAUAAAUGGUUUUUUUUGGGUCAAGAACCUAUGGCAACCACCAUCUGCCUUUACCGUUGUGAUAUUUUGGAGGUUGGAUCGAGGGUUCCUGCAAGCUACCAUAGCUCCAAAGAAACUAAAGAUUGCGGAGGUAGCUAGUUCAUUGUACAGCUUAAGUAGUAUACAUGAUACGUAUGAUUCUAGUGGCAAAUAAAGAAGGUAACUGACUUUUGAUCGAUCCUUGUAUAUUUCUCCGCUUCAUGGCUUUGUUGUAUUUACUGACUUGAUAUCCGUUUAGGUGUCAAACUAUGUAAUAUAUAAUGCGAUGACAGUAUUCACUCCUGUUUAGAAACUGAAAAAUAGAUAUAUUUUCUGA